CUGCAGUAAUUCAUGCAAGAGCAGAGAGAGGCAGCAUGAAGUCCACUUUUGCAGCCACUUGCACUUGUUCUGGCUCACUGGAGUACUUGCAGCCAUGGGGAGAAGUCUGAAGUUUGUUUACCUCCUUCUUCCCUUUAUUUUCACUGAAGUGUCUGGUUUCAAGAUCCGAAACAAGCUGCUCGGUACGUGCCUACAAGCACAGGAUGGUUCCCAAGGAGGGAGGGUGUCACUUAGACAAUGCGACCCACACUCAGUUUUACAAGAAUGGUUGUGGCUGCCUGAGAGCCGGGCACUAGGCAAUCAAUACACUGGGGAGUGUCUGACUGCUCCUGAAGCGCAAUUUGAGGGUGUCUACCUGCAACCCUGCCACGUUCAAAAUGAUGAUGGUUUGCAAACAUCACAAGUAGACAGUGAUGCAGGCAGCCAGCAAUGGUCUUGUUCUAAGAAAGGCCACCUGACUUGGCUCAGCAAGGGGUUGCACCUCAGUGCAACACAAGAAUCCACUCUGGUCUUCCUAUCACGGGAACAUAAACAACAGGGUAGCAGAUGGAGAACACUGGACAACCAAACACUGUGUGAUGGGAGAGACAGCAAACAACAUCAGCAUCACCACCAUGACCACCAAUCCCACGACCCUCCGGGUAAAUCAAUGGAACCGAUCUUAAUGGAACCAAGCGCCAUCUCUGAUAUGGACAGACAAGCACUUGAAGCUACAUUUAGUGAUGCCGUCACAGAAGAAUUUCCAGUGAAGGAUGUGUCUGAUGUUUUAUUCCCAAGUACAAAGUCCCCCCAGGAUCCUACUAUGGUUUUCUUCACAAUGGACUAUGGCAUGGGCUGGAAAAUAACCAUGCUGGUUUUAAGCUCUUUGGCUCUCGUCCUUGGAACCAUCAUUCUUAUUUUCAACGUUUACUCCAAUAGAAGGAAGAAGGUGGUGUGUGUUUUGAAGUCGUACACUCCAAGACAAGAUCAGGGCAUUCCGGGGUCCCCCGUGCCCAGUGAGAGAGCCCCACUAACGGAGCAUGCCAUGCGCCAGCCACUCUCCUCACCUACAAUGCAGCGAGGAGAAAUUCUGAUUGAGUGGAAAGAUGGCACUGUGACACCACUGUAUGAGGCCUAAAGCUUGUAUUUUUAGAACACACUGUUACGUAUGUUUGUGGAAGGAAACAAAGAUAACACUGGAUAGAGGGUUCCCUAUAUUGUAUUCCUAUUAGAAAACAGUGGUCAUACAUGUAGAGACAAGAUAACAUUAUUUUUAAUUGACUGUUAAUGACGGCGAUAGACGGCAAUCAUUCGGUGGCAGCCCCUCCCAGUCAAAAUGGAAUAGACUUCUAAAGCAGUUGACUGCAGCCAGAAAUUAUUAAGCUUUUAAUAUAGUUUGCUGUUUUGACCACUUUAGUACUCAGAUUUUGGGGAUAACACACUCAGAACUAAACAUGAUGAAUAGAAUGUGGGUGGGAAUCUCUGGGUACCUGUCGAUACGUUACGAUACGAUAUAAGGCUCACGAUAUUGAUGAUUUCACAAUAUGGCGAUACAACAAUUAAAGAAAAAUCAUUCUCGGAUAUUCUACAAAACAAUUAAUAAAUAGAAAAUCAAGUUAUUUAUGUCCUUCUGCUAUGAAUUGGAAUGAGUUUAUCAUUUGUAGACAUCCAAUAUGUUUGAAGUGGGAGAGGGGCAGACUUCCCACUUCAAACAGAUUAUAUGUCAGUGGCAUUUUGGGGCAUUUCGCAUCAUUUCCUGUUGAUUUUUGAUGACUUACUUUUGUUCUUGGGUCAUUUACAUAUCACUUCUUUUUGUUUUUGGAUGACUGAAGAGACUCAAGAAUGUCCCCAAAUGAAUGGAAAAUUACUCCAAAACAACAGGAAGUAACCUGUCAAUGCCCUAAACUGAACAGGAAGUAACCUGUAAAUGCAUGCAAAAGACUGGCUGUGAAUGCUCUGGUUUCGGUGCUAUUGACAGCACUAGACCUCCAAUCCAGUCAAAAUGAAUUGGAUUUCUAGUGCCGUCAAAUGCAACCAGUGAGGUAAUUUGGACACUAUCCUAAUGGAAGAUUUUGGCAGCAACCUGUUGUUUCCCUUUUUUUUCUCUCUCUCUCUUUUUUAAACAGUGAAACCUUUUUCAAACGAUCUGUCGAUUAUUGGUGCGAGCAUAUUGAAAGCCUUUUGGGCUUCAACGUAUCGCGAUAUAUCAUCUUUCCGUUACCUUGUUGUCACACCCCUAUAAUAGAACGCACUUCGAAGACACAUUAUCUGUAACAUCAGUGUCCAAAGCGCUUUAAAGUGGCUCAAAACCUUUGAUCACGCUCUGCACUAUGUCCAUGUUGAACAUGAAUUCCACAAUAUACAGUAUAUGGAGAAGGGAGUCACUUUUAACUUGUUACUUGCUUUCACAAAGACAAAAACAAAUCUUGAUUAAAACCACUGACUUUGUAUGAUUUUUUUGCAUAAAUCAAAGAUUGACAUUUUAUGGUUUGCACAUGGUUUCCAGUCCUUUUACAAAAAUCUUAUGUGUCAAUGUCUAGGUAAAACAUACUGUAUGUCCUGCAUUGUAAGAAAUAAUAAUAGAAUAAAAAUACAAUACAAUAAAGUUGGUUAAACUUCAUAUUUAAAGUUAUCACUGUAAACACAAGACUAAUUAAAUUUUAAUUCAUUCAAGAACUGUCAUUUUCCGACUUACAAAAGUGUACAAGGAAAUAUUUACUUAUAGAAGCCACACUCGAAUAUAAAGUGCAGGCGUCCUGAUUAUAUUAUGAGAUACUAUUUACACCUAAAUGCAGCUCAUUUGAGACUCAUCAAACUAACAAGUCACAUGAGAGAACUGAAGAAUUUAAAUUGUCACCGUAAAAUCUUAAAUUCACAGGACUAUUAUAUGUAUACAUAUUCAUACAUACAGUGAAGAAAAUAAGUAUUUGAACACCCUAUUUUGCAAGUUCUCCCACUCAGAAAUCACGUAUAGUCUAAAAUGUUCAUCAUAGGUGCACGUCCACUGUGAGAGAGAUCAUCUAAAAGAAAAAUCCAGAGAUCACAAUGCAUGAAUUUUUUUUUUUUUUUUUACAAUUUAUUUGUGUGAUACAGCUGCAAAAAAGUAUUUGAACCACUGUCUAUCAGCUAGAAUUCCUGUCAGUCCGCCUAUUAAAAGUCCACUUCAUGUAUUAUCCUGAAUCAGAUGCACUUGUUUGAGGUUGAUAGCAGCACAAAGACACCUGUCCACCCCAUACAAUCAGUAAGACUCAAACUUGUAACAUGAUCAAGACCAAACAGCUGUCCAAAGACACGACACAAAAUUGUUCACCUCCACAAGGCUGGAAAGGGCUAUGGAGAAAUUGUCAAGCAGCUUGGUGAAAAAAGGUCCACAGUUGGAGCAUUUAUUAGAAAAUGGAAGAAGCUAAACAUGACGGUCAACCUCAAUUGGAGUGGAGCCCAGUGUAAGAUAUCACAUCGUGGGGUCUCAAUGAUCCUAAGAAAGGUGAGGAAUCAGCCCAGAACUACAUGACAGGAUUUGUUCAAUGACCUGAAAAGAGAUACAUACAUA